GAAGGGUUUAGGCGGCAGCAACCCCGGGAGGGUGAGGAAGGUGGAGGUGUGGUAGCUGUUUCUUCGGGUCUCUCCGGUUCCCCGUUCGACGCUGUGUCCCCCCCGGCGCCGCCCGCGCUCUGCUUUCUGGACCUGUGGGAUUUAAGAACAUCUCUCCUAAGAAAAUUUGCUGCUUCUACAGCCUUCCAUCUUAUUGUGCAAUUGAUGAUUUCACUUGAAAUACCAGUGUGAAGAAACUAACAGGAGGCGAGGUAUAAUAGUUUUUUAAAAAUGUUAAAAGUUCAGCAGUGUGUAAGAAGUGACAGGAUACCCAAGAAAAAGCCAUAUAUUUGUGACAUUUGCUAUAAACAGUUUGAAACUCCAUCAAAAUUAGCUAGGCAUUAUCUGAUACAUACUGGUCAAAAGCCAUUUGAAUGUCAUGUAUGCCAUAAAGCCUUCAGGCAGCUAGUCCACCUGGAGAGGCAUCAGUUAACCCAUAAUCUGCCUUUUAAGUGUAUUGUUUGUCAUAGAAACUUCAAAAACUUAAUCACUUUCUUAAAGCAUCAGCAGCUUCAUAAUGAAAAUUAUCAGAAUGAUACCAAGCAAGCAGAGAACUCAGUGAAUUUUGAGCAAGACAGGGUCACUUAUGGCAUAUUUCGAUGUUCUACAUGCUGGAAAUAUUUUACAACUGAAGAGAGGUGGAUGCUGCAUCAAUGCCCGAAGGCAGAUCAUCUACAUAGUGCCAGAAGGAGAAAGAAAACUCACACUUGUGAAUCAUGUAACAAGACAUUUCCAUCAAGAUCUAAGCUAGAAAGACACUUCCUUAUUCACACUGGCCAGAAGCCUUUUAAGUGUUCUUCAUGUGGUAAAUCUUUCAGACAGUCAACACACUUGAAAAUCCAUCAGCUCACACAUACAGAAGAAAGGCCUUUUCAGUGCUGCUUUUGUCAGAAGGGGUUUAAAAUACAGAGCAAACUCAUGAAGCACAAACAGCUCCAUGCCAGAAAUAAGACCUUCCCUAAUAUUUUAUACAAAGCAAAGACUCUUAAAUAUCCCAGACCACAGAACCUUUUGGAAGGAAAGCGGGAUGGUUUUGAGAAUGCUGACAGUUACAAGUCACAGGACAAUGACCCACAUGACGUUCACUCCAUUUAUAUUGUACCCUUUCAGUGCCCGGCAUGUGAGCAGUGUUUUGAAACGGAGCAUGUUCUAAAUUUGCACAAGUGUUACUUGGGAAAUGGCAACAGUUCAAAUAAUGGUGCGACAGCAUGCAGUCACACAGUCAGCAUGAAAAAUAAGAUCCUGGGGAAGCUGAAGCGUACUGGAGGAAAGGCAACAGAUUUUUCUCUGUUUGACAGAAAAAAAAUAAAAUCGGGUCACCUUAAAAGCCCUGACCUGGUUGCAGCUAGAGAUCAGUGUUCUAAUCAGCAUGCUUCCACUAAACCUUUCAAGAAUUGCUAUAGCAAGCUUGACAUGCACAAGGCAGUUAGUAAUCGGAUGAAAAGAACAUUUGCUGUGCCAUUACCUUUGCAAGAGCACCUGCAACCUCAGGACUUUGGAAUUAAUUUAAAAGGUAUGUGUACUGGUAAAAGAAUGUUAAACAUCGAUGAUUCACUGCAUAAUAAAGAUGAUGCUAUUCAUGGUUCAUCAGAUGAUGGUUUCUUUGAUAACCCAGAAGUACUUCAUUGUGCUUUUUCUGCUCCUGCUAAAAAUCUACAUAACAGACACAAAGUGUGUAAAUGUGACAGAUGUGAAAAAAUCUUUCCGUCUUCAUCCAAACUUCAAAGACAUUAUCUUACACACACGGGACAGAAGCCCUUUGGCUGUAAUGUUUGUGGGAAGACAUUUAGACAGGCAGCUCACUUAAAAAGACAUCAGCUCACCCAUGCUGAAAAGAGACCCUAUAAAAGCCCCAUUUGCCAGGUAGAAUGUGAAAACCUGAACAAACUUUUAAGUCCUCAGAGAGAUCACGUUGAAUUUAAGUCUUCUCAGCCUGUGGGUUAUUCGGGUUAUUCUCAAACACCUUCACAGACAUCUGGCUUUCAAGAAUUUGAGCUGAUUCAGUCAAACCAAGCAGCUGAAAUCAAAGUUGAAAUUGAAUCGGGGAACUUUAUUCUUGACACCAGCAGUAGAAACACACAGACAUAUUUGUGUAGUAAAUUGUUGGAAACAGAGCAAAACUGUUACAGCUAUUGGCAUGAUUUUUCUGAAGGUACUGAUAAAAGUAAAGUUGUUAACAAAUUGUAUCAAUGCAGUAUCUGUUUUAAAAAUUUUAAAUCACCUUCUAAGCUUGAAAGACACUACGUUAUGCAUGCUGGACAGAAGCCAUUUGAAUGUUUGGUUUGUGGCAAAAAUUUCAGACAGGCCCCGCAUUUGAAAAGACAUCACCUUAUUCACUUCAAAGAGAGCUUAAAGCUGAGUUCUACUGAGCAACAACCAGACAGUAAAUUGUUUUUGUCAAAACUGGAUAAUGCCCUAUGAAAUGAUAUGCUAAAAGUUUUGGUUGCGUAAUUAUUAAAAGGCUUAUGUUAGAUCAAACACUUGACUGAAGGGGAUUAUCUUUUUCUGUUAUGGAGAUGACUUGGUGAAGAGUUAACUUACUGACUUCAGAACUGUCUACUUGAUUUAAUGUGAGAUGAAAGUGAGAUGAUGUUUAAAAUAAAAAAAAAAAUGCAACAAAUGCCACAUUGCAUUUCUUUCUCUGAUUUAAUUUAUGAAUACACAUUCUUACUGUAUUAAUACUGUUUCAGCAAUCUGCAGUACUCCAUGAGCUGGAUAUUUAAAAGUGAUACCUUUUCCCAUAUAGUAUUUUAUGACAUUAUGCUGUCCAGUGAUAACUAUCAGAAGAGUAAAGAUAAAAAGAUACUUUCCAGAACACAGAAAAAAUGGUCCUUUUACUUUUUUCUGGCUCCCUGUAUGUUGCAAACAAAGGAUGCUUGCUCUAUUUAUUUCAUACUUUAAAAAAAGAGGUUAGACAUAAGAUACAAUAGAGAAGAAAAGGAAAAAGUUUUAUGAGAAAACAUGUUAAUGUGGCAUUAUAGAACAGAUAAUAGAAAAAAAAACUACUUUGUAAUGUGGUUGGAGAUCUAUGGAUGAGGAAUUAGAUCUUUUCCCUUUUUAUGAUAAAAUAUAAGUAAACAGCACUAGUAUAGCAGGGUUUAUAAUCAAUUAAUCCAUUUCACUACUUUAUUUUCUCCACUUCUUUGAACAUCCCUUGCCUUUUCUAGCCUUUUUUUUGGCCAGUUCAUACAAAAGUGAACUUUUUUCGUGCAAGAAAAGAGGACAAUAAAUUAUUAUUAAUAUUACAAAGGGCUUACUAUUUGUUCCAGUUGCCUUUCCUUUUAGUGUACAUAUUGCACCAGUAAAAGAAAUGUUCUCUAAGAUGUAAUAAUAACUCAGGCGAGCAGUUUUUGUCAUGAAUUCAUGUUCUCAUUUCAUUUAAUGUAAGAAAUUGAAAAUGACUCUUAGCUCAAAUUAAUUAAUUCUGAUUUUGUAUUAAUGGAAUCUGUAGUUAUACUUCCUGGUAAGAAGGGAGCUUUGCCCAUUGUGCCUGUGGGGCUGGCUAAAAGCGUAAGUGCAGCUUUGUUCAUUAUGAACAAGAAUGACGGGGAGGUUUUUUGCUUGGUUUUUUUUUUUUCCCAGCAAAAACUACCUUUUAGGUUAUUUCCUUUGUUACGCAACUUCUGAGUAGUUGAAACCUGAACUUUUAAAUGCUAUUUCUAAAUCUCUAAGAUACAUGGCAUUCUUUUCACUAUUUAAAUAGAUCCGUAUUUAUUUAAGUAAAAUGGAGGGGUUUGUGUGGGGUUUUUUUUAUUUUCUGAAAUGAUUUAUGUAGGUUUUGCAGUGGCGUGACCUUUGUAGUAUUUGGUAUAAAUGAAGUGAAAGGUGAAGGGAGUUCAUAUUUUAUUUCUAAACACCUUAUUCUUUCCCAUUUUCAGAGAGGUUAAACCCAGGAAAGGUAUUCAGAAACAGUCUGCAGUUACUAUGAAUUUUGUCUGACAGAUGAAUUCGGUAUGUUAGUAAUGACUUUAGGUAUUGAGAUUUUUUUUCUCCCUAUGAAAUUGUUUCAUAUUGAAAGGUAGAAUACUGUAUAACAUGUUUUGAAAGUGUAUUGUAGAGCGCUUUUAAAAUGCUUGUAAUAAACUAUUUUAUUUAUAUUGUACUUUUAUUGUAUAUUUUAUGUGCAAAACAGAGCUUUGAAACUAUGUAACGUUCACUAUGCAGAAAAACCUAAGACUACAUAUGAAAAUAACUAAUUUUGCAUGUUAGAAUAAUAGAUUUUAUUUCAGAUAUUUUUUGUUAUAAAAUAGAAAUAUGUUUAAAAAUAACAAGAUUUUUAAGGAGUCACAGUAAUUUUUUAAAAAGCUAUGUUUGAGAGUAAUAUUUAAAGAACACUAAAGUUGGUAUGUUUUGAAAGUAUCAAUUUGAGUUAAAUGAGGGGAAGGUAAUAUAGAAAGCUACUUUUCAGGGAUGAAACACCUGUGGGAAGUAUUACUGUGAUGAAUUUGGAAACUAAUAUAAUCUUGGGUUCCCUGGGAUUUUAGAAUGCCAGUAAAGGUUCACUUUGUUUAUGAAGAGUUUUAUGUCAGUAUCAAUUCACAAUUUCAGGGGGAUUAUAGCAUAAAUGAGCUAGAAAGGGGCAAAGUGGUUUCUAAGAGUUAAGAGAAAAAAAUCUGAAGUUGAAAUCCUUUCUCUUUUGAAGGUAACAGUAAAAUUUUCCAAGUACCUUUGAGAAUUUGAACUGGAAUGGUUUUCCCAUUGUUAACAAUAACACUUUGUGUUGUUCAUUAGUAUGUUGCUCGUUUUCCAUAAUGCUUCAAGGCAAGUGGCAAGUUCAAGCCAUCGGUCUUUGAAGUAUCUUUGGUGGCAGAGACAUUGCCUGUGGUUUUGUUAGAAUGAGGUGAUGGCUAAUAGUAGUAAUCUCCUAGUGCUGAAGUAGUGUAUUUCUUUAAGACUAUAUACAGAACUGAAGCAUAUUGUAAACAUGAACUUAGUGGGUCCUCCUGUGUUAGUAUUGAGCUCCCCCCAAAAAGAACUUCUCAAACUGCAUGAGGUAGAAAGAAGAGUCAAAUAUUUUAAAACAAGCAGGAAAAGGUUAAAGGGUUUUUUUUUAAAAGACUAAUAAAUUAUGUGAUACUAAACUCACUGGAGCCGUAGUACUAACUUAUCACGUCGUCCAUUUUCUGUCUAGGAAGUGUGGCUAUGGAUAACUUUAAAACAUUCAUGAUGUUGAUUGCUGUGCUAUCCUUUUGCAGAAAGCCAAAACUUGCAAUAUAUAUAUAUAUAAAAGUAUUCCUAUAUAUGGCUAGGGAAAAAUUUAAAAAGAAAAAAAAGCCAUCAUAAACCACCAAAAAACUGUUUAGUGACUUUUAUAGCUGCUUCUCAAUGAGUGUUUCGUUUCUAAUUUGUUUGUGAUCUGCUUUUGUUACUACACCCAGAGCCAACAAGAAGUUAGCCAGGCAAAUCAACACAAAAGAAACUUAAUUGAAAUUAAUGAGACCUUAGGCUUCACAUUGAGGCACUGGAUCUAAUGUUUCAUUUUCCUGUCUGCCUUCUGGUAUAAAUGUAAAAAAAAGUCAUAAUCUUGCAACAGUAGCUCAUUCGUGUAACACUUAAAUGACUCUUAAAUCAAUAAAGACUAGGGAUUUGGUCCUUCUAAUGACCCCUUGUAAUAAUGUUGAAAAUGCAUAGAUCUCCUAAAUAACUAAAGGGGUCACAGUUCAUAUUCCUAGCACAAGGUCUUGUGGAUUUUUGAAAUGCAAGUUUUAACUUAAUAGCCUAGUUUUAUAUUCUGAUUGCUAUGGAUGAGAUUUAUCUGAGAGGCAGUUACCAUAAGGAAAAAUGAAGUUGCAGAAGUGACUUCUCUGUGCUCAUAUACUUUAUUUUCUUCAGGUUGAGCAAAUUAAUUGUACUUCUUCAUAUAAUGGCUACUUCUGCCAAGCAGGUUUUAAACAGUAUCUUUUUUAGCAUCUGUUAAAAAAAUGGAAUCUUCAAAGUCCAUGCCAGUGAAGGAGAGGAGGAAUCAGCCUUACGCCAACAAAAUCACUCACACGUAGAAUUGAUCAUUUCUUUGUUCAGAAACUGCUGUUCUGACAAAGUGUAAGUCUCUGUCCUGAGUUAUCACAAGUCUUUAAAUGCUGUUUUAAUUGUGUACUCUGCCAUUCCUGUUCCUUUCUUCUUCCUCGACAUGCUAAUGCAUGACAUGACUGCUAUACACCUGACAUAGUUAGGAUGUGCAGACGAAAUUUUUCCUCUUUGCUAUAAUGCUGUCAGUGUCCCUGGUCCCAGUUUGUAUGGAUCUGUGAAACGCCGUAUGUGACUUAGGGAAGAGUCCUGGACCUGGUUGUUGCACUGUGCUGCCAUGGCAGGCAAAAUGAUACCUGAGGAUGUAAGAAACCAAGAGGCUAUGAUGUAUACUGUGCCCUGUCAUUCUCCACUGCAAAUCGUGUGGGUAUAUACAGUAAAAAAGAGCAUAGGGUGGUGGCUAUCCAGCUUUGCAUAUGGCUGCUUCACUGGAUAUGGCACUGGAAUGUGCCUUGCUGACACUAUGAAGGAGGGGCAUGUAGAGAAUUAUGUGGCCACUGCUACAUAAAAAGUAAAAUUCUAUUCCUAAGCCAAUGAAACUAACUAUGCAUACUGGCUCUCACUUGUACUGCUAAUGAACUGCACUCAGUUUCUGUUGAUGUAAAGAAAAACACUAUCUUCCUGCUAUGCAAAUUUGCAUCCUUUUAUUUGUGCAUUUUUUAAUACAGUAUAAAUUUUAAUGCUUAGUAUGUUUGCAGAAGUAGCUUGCUGAGAUAUAGAAACUCAGAUAAUUUCCUCAAUUCCUACUUUAGUUUGAUUCUAAGAGGAUCCUGGAAAUACAGCUGAGCAGAGAGAUUCCUGUUAGUGACAAUGCAUCCUACUAAACUGAGCAGAAAUCUGCUAAGACAUCUCAACACCUCAAGUGUCUCAGUCAAUUUGAGGAUAGUUUUUAAUAUCAAAACAUGUUAUGAUUUUUUCAUGACGUUGAGAGCAACCUUAGUUUAGUAUCUUGGCAACCUCAUUUGCCAUAGUGCACUUUGUCUUGUAUUUUAUGCUCUGGGUUUUAAUAAUAGCAGGUACUUGGGUAGUGAGAAUAGCUGUGUAAGAAUUCACUCAGUCAAAUAGCGUGUCUCGUGCUAAUGCAUUUAGCAGAGGAAAUAUGUCCAUUUGCCAAUAAGCAAAAAUUAUAUAUGUCACAUUGUAGUUUAUAUCAUAGUAGAAGGCUUUUUUCAGUAAAA